AAAUGUACCAAUAGUAACUGUAGAAGAGGUAGGAACUAAUAGUUAGGAAACGCGGUGAAGCGCCGGAGUUCUCGGUGGACAACUUCCGGUCCUGUGUGCGGUGAAAAUGUUGUGUGUGAGAGGAUUUCAGAGGUUAAAGGCGGUUUUAUCGCCGCCUGGAAACCAAAGUUUAAGAAGUCUCACAGCGUCAUCAGACGGAGUCCAACAGAGAGAGGAGUGGGUAAAGAUGGACAACCCGUUUAAAGAGCCACAGAAAGGCUGCAUCCUCUGCAACGUCCCGGUGGACUACAAGAACAUCCAGCUGCUGACGCAGUUCGUCUCGCCGCACACGGGCAGAAUUUAUGGCCGACAUAUCACCGGCCUGUGUGGAAGAAAACAAAAAGAAAUCUCCAGAGCGAUAAAGAAAGCUCAGUCAAUCGGUUUCAUGUCGGUGACUCACAAACAUCCACAGCUCAUGAAGGACCCAAACAUCUGUGCUAUCAACCAUCUGCAGUAGUGUUCAUUAAAGUCUGCUCCAGUUUCUGUUUUACCACUUCUACAAAGAAUAACUGUUUAAGUUCUGCUCUGUUGUCUUCACUCUUUGGCCGAGCUGUAUUCAGUUGGUUGGUCCUUUAAAUGUGUUCUGGGGAAUAUUUCAUCCUUUGUGGAUGUAAAAUAAAUCUACAUUAUAUUAA